UGGAGUUCUUCAGUCUUGAGUAGAGGGUGAUAUUGAAGAGCUGCUGCAAGCGUUGUUCAUUUGGCUAUUCACAAUGAAGUUUUCUGCUCUCCACAUACUACCCAGAAGACCGAGGAAGAUUAAAGAGGAAAUGGGUGCGGUUGGACACGACUUGGUGGCAGCGACUGUUAAUCUAUCACCUGCAAUGGAGGGCAGUCCCAAAACAGUACAUGAGAGGUUUAGGCAUAAACUGAAAAUGCCCAAAAUACUAGGCUUUGUGCCAAGUCCACGGAGCCCCAAACCCAUAGCGGAGAGCAAUCCUCCUCAAACAGAGGUGGUUUUGGACUUUAUGGAGAACCUGAAGGAAAAUCGCUUGGUGGAGGCAUGCCAGCAGUUGCUCUUGCGAGAGGACAAGCUCUUUGGCCAAGAAACCAUAACGGUAGAGGGGUUGGUUUGCAACGAGGACGAUAAAGACACGCUCCAAAAAGACUAUGAAACCCUGCUGCUCCACUUAUGGAUGGCAGUUCACACCACCUUUAGUUCCACACCCUCAGGWGAACACCUAGAGAUACUUCGGAGUGCGGUGGAAACCAUAACGCUGCUGGAAGAGAAGGACCAGCAAUGGGAAGGGCGGCCCGAGGGCAGCAGCGAGGCCCCCGUGUGGCGMCCACACCAGUCCCGGCGCACCCACGACACCCUGCUUGAAAAAAUGGUGGAAUCUCGAAUGAGGAAUGCGGCAGUGGAGGAGGACAAUAUUAYCGUUAGCAGUGUGGACAGCCUGUCAACGUCCAUGAAAAGGGAGGUAUGUAGGAUGGGCAAGUGUCUGAAGGAGGACGUUCUCAGGYUMGCKAGMGARYUYAGGGACUGCUACCCCCRAGACUUUGACGUGUGCAACUUGUACGUGAGACUUUACCAUCAGAAGUUCUCAGCAAGGUUAACGGAACUGGCCCGCUCUGGGCUCGAUGUGGAUGACUGUAACUACCUCCUCUGCUGGGUGAAUAAUUACUAUCCAAAUGACAUCUUAAAACACAAAGACCUUGAGGGGCACAUCAACAUGGAGUCUUUGGGAYCUCUUUUAUCUGAGAAGGAUCUCACAACAUUGGAYGAGCAGUAUKUACUACAAAAAGAGAGUKAACUCAGGACCUGGUUCUCCAAUGCUCUCAGUAAGGAGGAGGAGGGUUGGCUCAGUGGAAAGAGUCCAGAACUCAUUGACGGGUACUGCUUCUGUCCUCUGGCCAUUGACAUCAUACAGGCUGUUGAUGGGGCCAUGAGAGAGGCCAGGACUAUUCUGGGCAGUGAGGCUAAAGCCCAGAGAAUCCUGCGUCAGCUGGACAGCUUCRUGAUAAGCUAUAAGAGAUCUCUUGAAGAAUUUGUGAAGGGAAGACGGGAGAACACUCAGGCAGUCGUGAAAGCUAACCUGGUUAACAUUGAACAAUUCAGAGACUUCAUAGUGAGAAGAGAGGAGUCAAUCCCAGAAGAGACCAAGACAAGCUGUAUGUCCACAUUGGCAGACCUGAGAGACUGUGGCUACGGAUACUUCACCGGCCCCAUACAUGAGGAGCUCAGGGUGCAGUACCAUAGGCUGUGGACGCAGGCCUGGUUUACUGGGGGUCAGAUGGUACUGGAUGAAGUUCUGGGGACACUGGACAGACACAUGCAGCAAUUCACAGACCUCAAACCCAUCUGUAUGGAGGAGCUGCUGGGCCGGCUCCACAUGGAGAUGAUGGUGGAGUAUGUGAAGAGGAUGAUGAAGAGGAAGAUGACGCUGAAGAACAAGGAGCAGCAGGAGGCAGCAGCCAAAUUAUCUGUGCAGUACCAUAGGCUGUGGACGCAGGCCUGGUUUACUGGGGGUCAGAUGGUACUGGAUGAGUUCUGGGGACACUGGACAGACACUGCAGCAAUCACAGACCUCAAACCCAUCUGUAUGGAGGAGCUGCUGGGCCGGCUCCACAUGGAGAUGAUGGUGGAGUAUGUGAAGAGGAUGAUGAAGAGGAAGAUGACGCUGAAGAACAAGGAGCAGCAGGAGGCAGCAGCCAAWUUACUYGCUGAAGACAGCAGCAAWCUGAGCARCUACUUUACUGAAGCGGGMUCCAAAAUAAGCUGGCUGAGUGAGGUCCUCCCUAAAAUGGCGGAGGUGGUCAGACUGCAGGACCCAGGAAGCAUCCAGCUGGAGAUCGUCACCCUGGCUAGGGACUUCCCAGACCUUAGUUGGAGGCAGAUCUCGGCCCUGCUCUCCCUCAAAGCCAACCUAUCCACUGCUGAUGUCCGCGGCAUCAAAGAGAGCCUGGAAGUGAACCGUCCUACAGUCAUCUCCUCCAAUACCAACCCACCAUUCUUUUCCAAGAUUCCAGCAGGCACAUUUUGGCACAUGCCAUCUUAAUUGUGUUAUUUUCUUGUUGUAAACUGUUUUUCUGGUUGAGAUGUCAUAUAUCCAGAUUGCAACUAACUGGUCUCUGUUAUCAAAUCAAAUGUAUUGGUCACACACAUAUUUAGCAGAUGUUAUUGCAGGUGUAGCGAAGACUAAAA